CCGACUUCAAGUCAGUCACGACCACGACGCGUUCACUCGUUCAUCUACCGAGUGCACCUCCCUGCCAAUGACGGGAAGCAACGAAGCCGAGACUGUAAACCCGUACUUGAGCGUCGUUGCGCCCCUCCUACCUCCUCAAUUGUCCUCCGCGCUGACACAGCUGCGGCCGGACGCGGACGCCACGAUCGACACGCUGAUACGAUUCGUCUCGGGGAGCGCUGCACCGGGCGAUGACCAAGAGGGAUGGAAGGAGCGGCAGGAUGCGGCUUUGCUGGCUCUACAGGGGAUGGGAGGAUCGUCCCCGAGCGGUAGUGCAUCGGGGAGCGGGACAGCGAAGCGUUCGAGAGAGGGGGAUAACGAGCCAGCUGCACCGGAAGCCAAGCGCACGAAACUCGGCACUCCUGCCUCCGCUGUGGACAACGGAGACGCUCGAUUCGUCCUGCACGCCGUCUCCGUGACGUCUCCCGUGCGCAAGAAAGUCGACCUAACGGUGUGCGAGCGCGGGGUGGAGUUUGUCAAUCCCACGACAGGAGCAGCUGAGGCGAGCGUGCCCCUUGCUGAUCUCAAGCGCGCAUUCAUUCUCCCGACACGAGGCAAAACGAAGGCGCAUUGGACGCUCGUAGUGCUCUCCGCCGACACAGCCGACACACGUAAAUCGGCCAAAGCUCCGGCCGCGCCGCAGAUCAUAUUAGGUCUCGACGCCAUCGCCUCCAGCGCCAUCAAAUGCACGACACACGGCACAGACGCCGGGACUAUGAUAACGACGUACAAACCCGGGGAGCACACGCGCGACGUGUUGCUCACGCUCGCGGCCAGCCUCCGCGUUCCUGUCUUCCAACCCUCACCGGAUGUGUUCAAGAGCGCGUGCCCUGGGCUGUCCGCCAAUGCGUCCGGGGGCGGUGUCCCAGGCGUCGAGGCCUACCGCGCUGCGAAGGUGGGCACGCUGUGGUUCAUGAGUGAGGGGAUUCUGUGGGGCGAGAGCAAGCCCUGCGAGUUCUGGGCGCUUGAGGACCUGCUCAGCAAAGAUGAUGGCCUGCGCAUGAUAUCUGCUACUGGACGCACUUGUACGGUCUUGCUCACACGCAAGACCCCGAGAGAAGGAGAAGGAGCGGCGGAGCUCGGUGAAGGCGAGGAGGAUCCCGGGAUCGAGACGGCAUUUUCGAUGGUGGAUGGCAGGGAGCAGGAUGCAAUCAACAAAUGGGUCAGAGAGCAUCGGUCGCUCUUCGGUGUGGAGAAGAGACCCGGUGUCGGCGCUGUCACAGUCCAGGAUGAUUCGGACGAGGAGGACAGCGACUUUGAGGCGGAUUCGGAGAGUGACGGGGGGUCUGCGUCAAGUGAUUCAGAAGAAUCGGAGGAGGAUGGUGAUGAAGAUGGCACCGAGGAAGCACAAGAGAGUGGAGACGAAAACGAGAACGACGGUGACGGAGAAGAGGAAGAGCAGGAAGAGGAGGAGCUCUCGCCAGAACAUCAUCCGCUGAUGAGGGCGGGCGCGAUGCCUAAAAUGUCCAAGGCGAUGACAGACAUGGUAGCAAACAUGGUCGUGGGUGAUAUGAUGGGUGGGGAUAAUGACGGCGAGGACGAGCUACAGGACGACUGAAUAUGUGCUAUCAAGGAUCUAUACUGUACCAUUUCGACCUUAAAUUCAUCCGCGGUGCCGGUGACACCUCUUAUUCAUCCGACUUUGGCUUCAAAAUGGGUAAUCACCGGUGCACAUUUACUUGAUAAUUCAUGUGCCUAAAUAUGUAUCAGAUUUGUAUGUUCAACAGGAUUUCUCGGAACGCGGGCCGGGAACAA